AUGACUUGCCGGCGACUUCAUACCGUCUUCCACCGGUCCAAUAAACUACAAAUUCUCGUUGAUGUUGCGGAGUCUGAGUUGGGCCCUUUGGAUGAUAUCAUCCAGAUCGUCACGCAGAAUACCAGCCAACGUGCCCACCUCUUUCGUACCGCCCCUAUAACCGACUCCCUCCUUAAACAAAUAGUCCAGAUCGGGCACGUGGCCCAGAAGUGGGAAAUCAUAUAUCCGGUCAAGAAAUGGAAGACCGAUUAUGAGAAUCGUCGCUCGCUGGAUGACGAUGAGCGGUUCCGUCUCCGCCGUGCAAUAUAUCGUCUUUGGCUGUACCACCGGGCCUUUCACACGGAGACUUAUAGUCGGUUUAGCCGCACCCUUCCACAUAUCGUUUCCGAGCGUGCCCAACUCUUGCACAACUGGUCCACAGCCGAGCUGGCCGAGAUUGAGGAUGUGCGUUUGAUCAUCGGUGAUAUUGUGCAGAACCACAUUUGUCCAAGCAACGGGACUAUCCAACGCAAAUUCCGCAAACGCUACCCGGAAAGUAACCAUCAACUGACCUUCAAUAUCCAUUUAAAUUACCCUUCGAGCAGUAGUCCCGCUGGUGCACCUAGUCUGUUUGAGAAGGAUCUCAAUCCAGCCGAGCAGUAUUUCCACACCGCGCACCCUAGCAACUUCACUGAAUCACCCGCCAAAUAUAAGUCACGGUUUCGGAACGAUUACUUUCAUGACCCUGGUUCUGAAGGAUGGGGUGACGAGAUCCCACAUUAUUAUGUCGUGCAGGACAUGCUGAAACUCGAUCCGGGCCAGGUGAUCUGGCUACGGGAGCAUGCACCUCUUAAAGAACAGGUGGAGACUUAUGUACGCUCCUUUGGGGACUGGUUCCGCGACAAUGGCGAGACCUUUGGCGAUACAUUGGAGUGGGUGAUGAAGGAGCGGGGUGAUGAUAUCGAUGAGUUUCGAGCUGCUAUUGCAGAACGGGAGGUUGGCGUGGUGUGGGAUUGA